GGCACUAGAAGCCAGUCGUGUUUCGCACCGCGCUCCGAACGCGCGUCUGUCCCAGCCCGGACCUCCCAAAACCGAUAAUAACUAAUGCGAUUUGUUUACUAUUUAUCAUCACGUGCUCACAAAUAUAAUGACGGACAGUGGCUAAAUAGAAAUCGAACAGCGACUCAACCAAUCUCACAACAGAUCGUGUCCCUUACUGGUUAAAAGUAAUGUGGUGCCUGGGGUAAACACAAGUAUUACAUCCCUCAUCCACGGUGGCGGGGUAUACGCGCCAUGCUGUGUACGCGGGCGGCGCGAGCACCUACCAUGCGCGCUCGCCCGCUGUACCUCUCAAUGCGAACGGUGAACCAAUCAAGCUGCCGGAAAACCUAGAAAGCUUGCCGCGAGCGGAACAUUUUGCUGCUCAAAGACAUCGCUGGAACACCAAUGAGGAAAUUGCGGCUAUCCUCAUUAGCUUUGACAAGCACACAGAAUGGCAGUCGAAGGAAGUCAAAAUACGGCCAAAAAGCGGCUCCAUGCUUCUAUACAGCCGAAAGAAGGUCCGAUACAGGCGCGAUGGAUACUGCUGGAAGAAACGGAAAGACGGAAAGACAACGCGAGAAGAUCACAUGAAACUGAAGGUUCAAGGUACCGAGUGCAUUUAUGGAUGCUACGUACACUCCGCCAUUUUGCCGACAUUCCACCGAAGAUGUUAUUGGCUAUUGCAGAAUCCAGAUAUAGUACUAGUACACUACCUGAACGUCCCGUACCCCGAUGACAACAAGCUGGCGACUGUGGCACCAAGUUUGGCGUUAUGGGCCGACAAAAAAGAGUGGACGAAAGACGAACUUGUCAGCCAGUUGAAGCCUAUGUUCUUCAGUGAAGAUGAACCGGACCUUAAUAGCGAUUUGGAAAUAUCAGGGAAAAUGUUUCAGACGGCGGAAACCGUAGAAGCAAUUGUGGGGCAAUUAAUGGAAAAGCAAAGAGCAGCUCGAGCAGCAGCAUUGGCUAGACAGUUAGAAUGCGGUUGCCCUGAUUCAACUUGUCAAGAUUCAAGGACAUGUGCUCAUCCCCUGCGUCGUAUCCAGGCAUCGAAACCACCAGCAUCGGACCACCACGUGUCCUCUACAACUGGGCCCUCACCUCGACCUAUGGCACAACCCCCACGCCAAUACACAAGAGAUCACAGGACUUCCACUCAGUCGUCCCCUCUGUUAUUAUCAUUGGGACAGAUACAAGGAGGUGGAGGUUUACUAAUCUUGAACGGUACUAGUAAUGGAGGUCAACAGCAUUCUUCCCUAGUAUCACCGUUGUCAGUCACUUCAUUUGUCUGUGAAGAGCCAAGGGACAGAUACCGUCAACAAUAUAAACCCACAUUUGUAUUAAAACGGGAAAUUCCGGAUAACCUGCCAAAUACAUGUAUAAAUAAAACAGAAUCUACUUUCGAAGUAGAAACACAGGUAGAAGAGAAAGUGAAUGUAGAAAUUUUUGAUAGGAAAAUAAAGAUGGAACCGAGAAGUCGUGGCCACAUAAUCGCAAGCGCACCGGCGACGCCAUCUCGAUACCCAGAUCUUCUAGAGCGUUUAGAGAAUAAAGUGCAUAUAGAUAACUGUGAUGAUACGUUAGUUUUAUUAGGAACAGACGCGCACUUAGAAUCAUCUAGUGGAUUUUUUGACGAGACGUUGGAGUUAUCGCAUGAAGAUAUCCAAAAAACGUUAUCAGCGAAUAUGCCAACGUGUGAAUUAGAUAGAAGUGUAGUACGGUCCACGGAGACCGCUAAUGUAAUGGUUUCCGGUAUCGAUACUAUGGACUUUAUAGAGAGUUGUGAGGCUGUAGCGUCACCGACGCAUGUGGUAGAUGACAAUGUAUUUGUCAAUUUGGAUGCUUUUGACAUGCUAGGUGAUUUUCCUGAACUGGAAGUACUAGAUCCGAGCUCAAUUUCCACGAAUCCUAUGUCCUUAUGUGGUAAUUCACCGUCUGACAAUCAAGAAAAGAUGCAGACUGAUAGUAAUAACGAGCGAGCAUUAAGUAUCACUGAUUACUCUCCGGAAUGGGCGUAUCCAGAGGGCGGUGUUAAGGUACUAGUCGCGGGACCUUGGACUGAGACUUCUGAUCAAUAUACGGUUUUGUUCGACAAUUUUCCAGUACCAUCAAUAUUGGUUCAAAAUGGACUCUUGAGAUGUUAUUGUCCAGCUCACGAGGCAGGUUUAGCAGCGAUGCAGGUGGCUAGAGGUGGCCGCGUAGUGUCUGAUACCGUUGUAUUCGAGUACAAAGCUGGCCCAGUACCCGCACCUACGUCUCCAGCAUCAGCGCCGUUACCUUCGCUGGAUUUUAGGCGGUUCUCAUUACUGCAGCGCCUACAACGUCUACAUGGGCGCUUGCAGUUGAAAACAGAGCCUAUGGAAGAUAAUAAUCAGGUUGAAGACGUCCAGUUGUAUACGAAUCCAAAAUUUGAAGAUCGCCUAGUCACAUUUUGCCAAUCGUUGAGUAAUAGGUCAGCAGGUACUUCUGAGGGCUUUGCAACCGAACCAAGUGAGGAAGGAUCUACAAUCCUCCACUUGGCGGCAGCUUUGGGUUAUACCAAGUUGACCACAGCACUGCUUAGAUGGCGGCAGGAUGAUAAUAGCUUAGCAUUAGAAAAGGAAGUAAAUUUAGGAGCCAGAGACAGCGAAAAUAAUACACCGUUGAUGGUAGCUAGUGCGGCGGGUCAUACAGACACGGCAGUAGUGCUAGCUCGUUGGAGCGCAGGUACAAGGCGCGAGGCCGGCGCACGCGCAGCGGCCGCAGUCGCUCAUCGAGCUGGACAUACCCAACUAGCUGCGUUGCUUGAUAGGAUUCAUCCACCUACGGGAGAUGCGGUUUUUCGGAGACCUUAUAGUUUGUUGCAAAAAGGUCGAACGGGAAGCUUAGAAAGCAACUUAGUGAAGAGACCUUCAAUUGAUAGCGGCAUCAACAUGGCAGAUGCAUUCCGUUCAAAUUCGGCUAUUGAUAGGAAUGACUCAACUUCACUAAGGUGGGAGAGAAGUAUGUCUUUACCCUUAGACUCUGACACUUCCGAAGACAGUCUCGGAGAUAUGAAGAUAGGGCGUCGCAUGGACCUAGCCCUCUGCGAGACGGCGGCCACCACGCCCAGCCCCCCUCUGCCCGCGCGCCCCUCGACGCCCCCCGCCUCCUGCGCACCCUGCCCGUCUGCCGCAGGGGAGCAGGAUGACAGAGUGUUCACGUUAGCAGAACAGAUUAUAGCCGCAAUGCCCGAAAGAAUAAAGAACGAAAGCUCUACAUUGCUAUCUGCCUGCGAACUGGACCAUGGACCUGGCGGCGGUGAUGACGCGCUCAUGGUGCCCCUACUUGAUGACACAACUGCGUUCCACGCCGAGUUCAACUUUGAGUUCUGUGACAACACUUACAGAACAUAUUGUGGCGGGUCAACCCCAUGUUCAUCCGGGUCAGUUUCCCCUGGAUCAGCGUUAUCUCCACCCCCCGCAUCACCUUUAUCAGCUCUACCCUGUACCCCGUCAGCCACACUUCAGGAGUUUCUUAAUACCACCACUCACUUUUCGAGCUUGACUCUCAAUGAUCGUGAGCAGCGGGAAUUGUACUCAGCUGCCAUAACCAUCCAAAAGGCAUAUCGUCAGUACCGCGGACGACAACUGCAGCGGCGAGCAGCAGCUGCUGCCAUCACCAUACAGAACUGCUACCGGCGAUACAAACAGUUCGCUUACCUAAAGCAAAUGCACGCCGCCGCCAUUGUUAUUCAGCGCGGGUACCGCUCGCACAGGGAGAGUCGGCAACAGGCCGCCACAGCGACAAUCAAAAAAACCUACUCACAGCGUCGUCAAAAUCAAGCGGCGAGGAAAAUCCAACAAUUUAUGAGACAAACUAAAAUCAAAUUGCAGAGAGAACGAGCCGCAAACGCGAGGGCGGACCGGCUGCUGCAGGAUGCCCGCCGAAACUCGUUGCAGCCCAUCACCAGUACACCUCACACGCCUAAUAGAAUCAUUGAUUACUUAGCGCCCGAAUCACCUAUGAACGCCGAUGAUGAUUUACUGAUCGAGCUUUUAUUUAAAAUGUGACCUGACACCGCUACAAUUAUUUACCGAAGAUAAUUAUACCAACGACUUCUGAAGUUAUAUGAACAAGUAGGCGCUUAUUGGUUCUUAUUUUAAGCUAAAGUAUAGUUUGUUUACGUUUCACGAAGGUUUAUAUUUCUAUAGUCUUCGGGUUGCUAAUUCGUCUUUAAUAUAUAAAAAUGAUCGUUAUAGCCCCAUUUCCUAGAAUGUGAUUUCUGUAAUACAUUCCAGAUCUAUUGUUUAUUGAUUUUAACAUCUAUAGCUGUUCACUUUUUACGGUAUAGUUUAGUCUAUCGAGUUUUUUGAAAUUAACAUUGUUUUCUUCUGUUUUUCGUUGGAACUUCAGGUCAUAGACAGGGUUAUAUUUAGUAUAAAUUUUAUCGUAUUUGUAUUAUAUUUUCAUAAUAUAUUUUUGAGAAAUUUGUUUAGAACAUUUAUUGGAAUCAUAUUUUUGAAACUAAAUUGGAUGUAAAAUAAUUCUCCUAGAACGCCGAUGAGAUGAAGUGUUUUAAAAUUCUUAAAUACUUUCUGUGCCAUUGGAGCGAAUUAAACGUAUUUGAUUUUGUUUUCAAUAUCGACUUUGUAAUUUUACGUGAAUUUUCGGGAAUUACUUUGUUUUAUUGAUUUCCACGGUGAAGUUAGAGAGUAGGUUAAGUACAAAUUCAAAUUAUUAAAAGCCACUGUUCUUAUAAAGUAGAUGCACCUAGCGUAUAAUACAAUAAACCCGACGAGCUGUGAGUAUUUUGAGAUUUUAUCGUAUUUAAGAAAAAAAAAGUUAGUUUUACUAUUGGUCUAACGUUUACCGUGAAGGUUUCAUUCCAGCCUAAUAGGUUAAUUCUCUAGUCGACGCAGCGAACGGGUGCGCCCGCGCCGAACGACGCGUUCCAUUGACUACACAUUAUUGUUUAUAUCAUUUCAUAUUCUGUUUUAUAUUUAGCAAUGUCAACUUCUCUUAAAGAUUUCAAUAUUAUAUUAUUCCAAAUUUCGAUUCCCCACCCCUAGUUCCUACUUCAACUAUUAAAUAUCUUACUAUCAAUAUAAAUCGAUUAGUUCAUUAGUAUAUAGUAAACUUUGUUUUAGAUUCCUUAAUAAAGCUAAAUGCCAUACUAAUCUAGCGUUCAUGAAAAAAAUAAGGUUGUGCACCACUUAAUUAUAGAAAUAACUACCUAAUUAUUCCCUUUUUCUGAAUUCUCUGAUAUUUUAACGUAGCAAUAUAGAUAUAGACUAAGAGUUAGAAGUACUAAUAGCUUACCAUAAGACGACAUGCUGCCGUCGAGAUAUUUUCGAUUCGUAUUUUUAUAAAGCAAAGUUACGAAUGACUAAGGUUGCUUUGCUUGCAGGGCCGUGGUAUAGACUUUUAUUUUGAGUUGUCUAUUCGAAAAAUAUUGGGAUAAAGCAGUCUUAAAACUUUGGAUUGAAUAUUUGAUGUAAACGUUCUGAAUACAUUCGUAUACUUUUUAUGUCUUACAUCCCUUUCGAAGGUUGGCCCAGAAUAGUCGGAAGAGGAUUUUCUAUUAUUAACGAUUUCCAUUGCUGGUAUCGUUAUAAAUUUUAUUAAGGGUUUUUGCUAACAUUUUUUGGAAAUUGUUCUUUCAUCUUUGAAAUUUCGAAAGCUAGAUAAGUUAUAUGAAGAUCUGGAAAUCAUUAAUAAUAAUAGCAAUUGUUAGUUGAAAUUUAUGUGAAACGACGAAGUUCGAGAAUAACCGUCCAACUGUGGCGGCUUUUGCACCCUCUAGUGACGCGAUAAAGUACACGCGAAUAAAACCUCUAUUAAUAAUGUCAACAGUGACCAGAUUCACUGGACUGGGGUACCUGAGGGCGCGCGAAUGUAACAUGUACAUUUUAUAUUUUUGGAUUGCUAAUUUUAAGAUGCUAUAUUUAUAUAUGUAUACGUAGACGGCGAGUACGUAAUCAGUAUUUCGAAUUGUAUCGCCAAAAGUUCUUAACACAUCGGUUUCUCAUUUGUUUUCCGUUAAAGACAAUAGUUCAUUUAGCUAGUGGUCAUGUAUAUAUUUUUAGAUAGCGUGCACGUUGCUUCCGGAACGCCAACGAUAUAUUUUAAAGAGAAGGAAGUAGUUAAGUCGUAUACAAUAUUUUUAACAAUAAGCGAGAAAACUGAAAGCAAUAAUAUUUUUGUGGUAAAAAUUACUCCGAUUUAUAGAAAGAGAGUAUUUUAUUAUCCACGCAAUCGUCACAAACAGUUCAAUACAUAGAUUGCUUUUUAGUGCUGUCGUAACUUGUGCUCCAGGUAUUUAUAAAGUUUAAUUAAUACAAAUUAUAUGUGCGCACUAUACACAACAAUAGACUACAAUAUACUAAAAACAUUUAAAUUACAAUUUAAAUGUUUUUAGUAUGUAGACUUAUAAGAGGUCGAGUUUCCAACAAACAAUGCAAUCCUUUAAAUUUAGUAGGCUACAUAUAUUUAUGUUUUCAUAUUCAAAUUAAGUUUAUGAAAUAAUAAUACAAAAUUUGGGAGCAUCAGUUACGAACCGCCUUUAGUUAUUGACCACAGCUAAAAAUAGUGCACUAGACGUAGAUAUAGUUAGAGAAAUACAUAAUAUAGAAAUGAAAAUUAAAAAAAUGGAAAAAAUCUUGAAAUCUAUACAUAGAAUUUAAAUUUAAAAAAUUUAACUACUUUUUAUUAUUAUAUUAAUAAGAAGCUUAUUCACACAUUUUAAAUCGUAUUUAGUAAUAGCUAAGUAUUAUAGAAAUGUAAUAAAGGACAUGGAUUGAAUGCUAGUGAGAUUAUUGUUCAGUUUUAAUUAAUUUUGGCUACUAUUAAUGUUAAAUCGGUCUAAAUUUUGAGUAUUUUUACUGAAUUUUGCUUUUAGGAUUUAAUAAUAACGUGAAAAUUCUCAAAAUUUAUUACUAAAUGCGCCAAAGGCGAAUAAUUUCAACGAAUGUGAUAAAAUUGCAAAAACAAUUAUGUUGUGUGAGAGUUAGGUUUUUAAUUGUUGUUUUUUGUAGAUACGGUGCGGUAUUGUUGAUUUUUUAUAGUUAUAGUUUGGUCAUGUAUGACAGGUUGAUAUUUUGUGCAGAAUAUCGGUUUAUUAUUUUUAAUCUUAUGUGAUAUAGAAACAUUUUUAAAAUAAAAGUAUAUGUUAUGAAAUCCUAAAGAGUAGUCACACAUAUAAUUUAUAAACGUUUUUCUUUUAAUACAAGUAUGAAUGUUGAGAUAUUCAUUACCUAAAGGGCUUUUUCCUAUGCCGACAUUGGCGUAUAUACGAUUAUAUAAUCCCUGAAAACUUAAUCUUUAUUAACUACUCAGCAUUAAAUUAUGGAUUCGAAUGUCCCGUAAGCAAUAAGCAAUAAUAUAGACUUAGUUAAUUUAAUGAUGAUACAUAAAAGAUGUAUAACGAAGGAAUGAUGACUAUUUGAGCAAAACUGUAAAGGGACUUUCAAAGUAUUUUUUGUUGUCAAGAAGAAACCCACGGAGGAUAUUGGACAGUUAGAAAAAUUACGGCAAAGUGUGCUAGCACGAGAAAAAAACAUUAGCUAAACUUUUAUUUUGGACAAUAUAUCAGUCUGCUUUAGCCUGCCUAAUAUAAUAUUGCAUAUCAUAGAUAUUGUGCGGUUAAUUUUUAACAUUGUAGGUUAUUUUCACGGAUCGCUAGAAAUAGGUAUUACAUCAUUUAGUUAAACAUCAAAUUAAGUUAUUGCUUUGUUGCUUGUAAUGUUUAGCAUUACUUUAAUAGCGAAUUUAUGAAGUUUUUUAUGUAUAUAAAAAUUGUAUGCAUUGUAAUCAUUGUUAUUAAGUUUCAAUAUUAUAGAAGAGUGUAAAAAUUGUUAUGUACUGCCAGUAUUUAACACCAAAUGGGGAAGGAUGAACGGUGUAAAGUAUCCAGCUCAGUCAAAAUUACAUAAACAGAUACAUAAAGAAUUAUGUAUGUACAAUUAUGUUUCCGUAAGUGACAACUUGAUUUAUAACCUAUAACCGUUAAACAGUUUUUUUGGUACUUUUGAAUGUUAUAUUAUCUUCCUUUCACAAGUAGAUUUGUUUAAUAAAUUUUUUAUAGUUUAAAAUAAUAUAUGUAAAUUAAUAACUAAGUAUUGCCACGUUUAAUUGUUUAUUCACAAGGGAAUGUAUGUGUAAUAUUAUGAUAUAUUUAUCUCUGAAUAGGAUCACGACGAAUCGGCGACGUAUAUGUUGAAUAAAUUUGUAAAAAAAUAAUAAUUUAUUAUUGUAUUUAUCUAUGUAAUAGCAUACAACGCAUGUGACUGGAUACUAUGUAUUUUGAAAUGAAAAAUAAUCUUCCUUUGUAAUUAUUGUAACCUAUAAACACUACAAAAUUGUGAUUCAAAGCAAUUUAAAUAAUACUG